UCCUCUCAUCCUCGCAUCUCUGGCGUGUUGUAAAAUAGGCGGAGCUACCGAGCGAGGAAGGGGAAGAGGUGAGCGAGAUUUAGGAGGAAGCACAACCAAAUGAAAGGAAACCACAAGGUCCACUAGAGAGCCCAAACAGAACACGCUGAGGGUUUGUUUUCAUCCGCAUCCUCAUAUCAAAGGUAUCGUCCACCCUUGCCCCCAGUGACCCAGAAAGUAAACAGGUCUCUGGCAGAUGGAGAAACAAACCGGAGCUGCCGGGUUGGCGGACGGAGCAGGGACGAACAGAAGGCCAUGGGGCUCGCCGACUUGCGGACCAGCCGCCGGUGAAACUCUGGACAGUCCAACAGGUUCUCAUGUAGAGUGGUGUAAACAGCUGAUAGCAGCCACCAUCUCUAGUCAGAUCUCAGGAUCAGUCCCACUUGACAUCGUGAACAGAGACAACAAGGUGUCCAAGAGGCUGAAUCCCAGGCAAGAUUUACAAGAUGAAGGGCUUUGUUACCAUGGAGAAAAUGAUACUGAGCAUCCUUCCAAUGCUUUGAACCUUCCAGCUCUGAGAUAUGGGGCGCAGGUCAGAAUGUUCCAGAACCAGGUUCCUCUGCUACCAGGGGAGACCAUCCAGACUACAGUCAAGGAUGUGAUGUAUAUCUGUCCAUUCAGUGGUCUGGUUAAUGGAACCCUGACUAUCACAGACUACAAGCUCUACUUCACCAGUGUGGAAAUGGAGUCCCCAUUCGUUCUUGAUGUGAACCUGGGAGUCAUCAGCAGACUGGAGACUAUCAGCGUUCCCAACCAGGGAGAGAACACCAAAGGACUGGAGCUGGUCUGCAAGGACAUGAGGAGUCCCAGGUUUGCCUAUAAGACAGAGGAAAGUCAUCCGAAUGUGGUGGAGGGGCUUGCCAAGCAUGCCUUCCCCCUCUCCCACGACCUGCCCCUGUUUGCCUUCCUGUACAAGGAGCAUUUUCCUGUAGAUGGCUGGAAGGUAUACGACCCAACAGCAGAGUACAGACGUCAGGUAACUACACACUACCAGCAUCAAGUCCAAAGCCAUUCUGUUCUGCAGGGCCACGUUUUUGAUCCCCUGCAUGGUAGGAGUGAGAGUGGAAAACCCUACCUCUACAAGUGCCGUCAAGUUCUCAAGAUCUAUGUGGAUCGCCAUGCUCUGUGUGGGAUCCAAAUCCAUCCUCCGUACGCAUCAGGACGAUGGGAUUGUCGCUUCCUGGGCGGUGUAAGCUGGUGGUGUCAGUCAGAUUCAGCUGAGCGACGUAUGGCUGAGGUCCCCUGCAUCCGCUUCGGCCUCCCUUGUUCCACCCGAGUAAGCCCCCGGGUGAAUGCCACCAUGACUCCUAGGGUCUCAGAGACAUUUAAUGGUUGUGUGUGUGUGUGUGUGUUCAUGGUAAUGAAGGAACAUGUCACCCAGUGUAACAGGCUCAUUGAUGUGUUUUCUGGCAGUCCUCCUGGUUCUGAACUGGUCCUGCUCUUCCUGCAGGUCUUGUCCUGGAUUCACCCAGAGUCUCAGGCCACCAUCGUACGCUGCAGCCAGCCGUUAGUUGGACCUUCAGACCGUCGCUGUAAAGAGGAUGAACACUUCCUCCAAGUCAUCAUGGAUGCCAACGCCCAAUCCCACAAGCUCACCAUCUUUGAUGCCCGGCAGAGUAGUGUAGCAGUCACCAACAAGGCAAAGGAUGGAGGGUAUGAAAGUGAGAGUUUCUACCCAAACGUGGAGCUGAACUUCCUGGAAAUCCCCAACAUUCACGUGAUGAGGGAGUCUCUGAGGAAGAUGAAGGACGUGGUUUAUCCCACCAUAGAUGAAGCUCACUGGCACUCUGCUAUUGACCAGACGCACUGGCUUGAGUACAUACGGCUCUUAUUAGCAGGAGCAGCAAAGAUAGCUGAUAAGCUGGAGUCUGGGAAGACGUCGGUGGUGGUUCACUGCAGUGACGGCUGGGACAGAACUGCUCAGCUCACCUCUCUGGCCAUGCUGAUGCUGGACAGUCACUACCGCACUCUCAGAGGAUUCCAGGUUCUGGUAGAGAAGGAGUGGAUUAGUUUUGGACACAAGUUUGCUUCUCGUGUGGGUCACGGUGAUGAAAACCAUGCUAACUCAGAGCGCUCACCUCUCUUCGUCCAGUUCAUCGAUUGUGUUUGGCAGAUGACUCGACAGUUCCCAGCAGCCUUCGAGUUCAAUGAGCUGUUCCUGAUCACAGUACUGGACCACCUCUACAGCUGUCUGUUUGGUACAUUCCUCUAUAACAGUGAACAGGAGAGGGCAGCCAAGGAGGUGCAGACCCGAACUGUAUCCCUGUGGUCCUACAUUAACAGCCAGCCUGAGGACUUCACCAACCCCUUCUAUGUGGACUAUGAGCACCAUGUUCUGUAUCCGCUGGUUUCCUCCAGACAUCUGGAGCUGUGGAGCAGCUACUACGCCCGCUGGAACCCGCGCAUGAGACCACAGGUGCCAGUGCACCAGACCCUGAAGGAGCUGCUGAUCCUUAGAGAAGAGCUCCAGAGGAGGGUGAAGGAGCUGUCCUCCUCCUCUGAACACCCCCUCACACACACAAACACAGCAGGAACUCCACUGCACACUGCUGUCUGACACACAGACAUCAGAAACACCCCUACACAUCACUGUCUGCCACUAACACAAAGUUCAAUGUUUUAGCCCAAAUACUACAAAUACUGAGAUUCCAUGGAGAUUCCUAAACAUAAACAUUCCUAUAUACAUUUUUAGCAAAGUAAAAUGAUCUCCUCAAGGUUUGAAUUUGAACCUUCCUGUGCUUAUUAUUUAUAUUAUUUCAAAAUUCAGAAAUGCCAGCUCAGCCUGUAUUGUGGGAAUCUUAAGAUUCAGUUUGUGGGGUCAUGAACCCCUUCAGACUUGAGUCUCAGUUCAGUGAAGUUGGCACCAGUUUUAUCAGCAGUGUUUUUAUUUUUGAGUGAAUAAUUGCUAUUUGUCUCAGGGCUCUGUUUUUCACAUGACUGCAGAAGGCUGCCAGUAACAUGUUACAAAUGACUGCAGUUACCUGUAGCGUUUUAAAUAAAAUCACUGCUUGCUCCCUC